CUUCUCUCUUCAUUUUUCUUUUGCGGAGAGUGUUUUUGUAGUCGUUUGUGUGUCUGUUUUAGGUCCACACAAACGCUGGAAAAAUAUAUAACACUGUAAAAGAUAAAAAAAAAACUACAAAAUUUCAAAAAAUCUACAAAAAAAUCUGAAAAUUCAAUAGUGAAACAGGAGUUAGUUACAAGGUUUGACCAGUUCGUAGCAGCAUCGUACAUACAGGAAAGUUUUACAAGUUCGACAUUUUCUACAAAGUUCAUCGCAGCAGAUUACCAGUUUGAAGACACAAGAUGAAUCCUUCAGGUCCAAGUUAUCCUAUGGCAUCUCUAUACGUCGGAGAUCUCCACAACGAUGUCACUGAAGCCAUGUUAUUCGAGAAAUUUUCAUCGGCGGGUCCUAUCUUGUCGAUCAGAGUUUGCCGGGAUAUGAUCACUCGUCGUUCUCUAGGUUAUGCAUAUGUCAAUUUCCAACAGCCGGCAGAUGCUGAACGAGCGCUUGAUUCAAUGAACUUUGAUGUAAUCAAGGGACGGCCCAUUCGUAUUAUGUGGUCACAGCGUGAUCCUUCACUUCGAAAGUCUGGUGUUGGCAAUGUGUUCAUCAAGAAUCUUGACAAAUCAAUAGACAACAAAGCUAUGUAUGAUACAUUCUCUGCCUUUGGUGAUAUUCUUUCAUGUAAGGUGGUUUGUGAUGAAAAUGGUUCUAAAGGUUAUGGAUUUGUACAUUUUGCUACAGAAGAAGCUGCAAACAAAUCAAUAGAAAAAGUAAAUGGCAUGUUACUGAACGGGAAAAAAGUAUAUGUAGGUAAAUUUAUGUCCCGCAAAGAACGUUACGAUGCCAUGGGUGGACAACAAAAGAAAUUCACCAAUGUAUUUGUAAAAAACUUUGGUGAUGAAUUAGAUGAUGAAGGUCUGAGAGAAAUGUUCGAAAGAUAUGGUAAGAUUGUCAGUCAUAAAGUGAUGCAGGAUGAUCACAGUGGUAGAAAUAAAGGAUUUGGCUUUGUCUGCUUUGAAGAUCCAAUUGAUGCUGAAAACGCAUGUGAUGACUUGAAUAUGAAAGACAUAAAUGGUCGUAUUCUCUACGUUGGGAGAGCUCAAAAGAAAAUAGAACGCCAGGCAGAAUUACGCAAUAGAUUUGAGUUGAUGAAAGCUGAACGUGCUAAUCGCUACCAGGGUGUUAACUUGUAUGUAAAGAAUCUUGAUGACUCGCUAGAUGAUGAACGUCUUCGUAAAGAAUUCAUGCCUUUUGGCACAAUUACUAGUGCUAAGGUGAUGUCAGAAGGUGGACGAUCUAAAGGAUUUGGAUUUGUGUGUUUCUCCUCUCCAGAAGAGGCUACAAAAGCAGUUACUGAAAUGAACGGACGUAUCGUUAGCACUAAACCAUUGUAUGUUGCAUUAGCACAAAGGAAAGAGGAUCGUAAAGCUCAUUUGGCUUCACAGUUCAUGCAGCGCAUGUCUGGACUUAGACUUCCUGGACAAGCUCAGAUGGGUCAAAUGUAUCAGUCAAAUGUAUCUGCCUACUUUCCACAAACAGUACCUCAAACACAGAGGGGAUUCUUUGCUGCUCCUACCCAAGUAGCUCAAGUGAGAGCUAGUCCACGCUGGCCACAAUCUUCACAGCCUAGACCAGCACAAGCAUCAGCAGGUUUCCAGUCAAUGCCAAAUGCUGCAGCUGCUCAGUUCCGUGCAGGAACUCCCAGAACUGCAACCAGUAAUGUGAGACCAGUAACACCAGCUGGUAGAGGUGUUCCUCAACCACCCACAGCAGCUCAAAGGGUUGCUGGUGUAAUGCCAGGACAACAACAAGCUGCUGCUGCAGCGGCUGCUGCUGCCCAGCGUGGAGUGCCUUCUGCACAGCCUAGAGCAAGUUACAAAUUCACUACUACAAUGAGAAAUCCACCACCUCAGAUACCAAACCAACAGCAGUCUGCUCUAUCUCAGCAAACUCCUCAGCAAUCUGUACAAGUGCCUGGUCAGGAACCAUUGACAUCAUCUAUGUUAGCUGCUGCUCCACCACAAGAACAGAAGCAGAUGCUGGGUGAACGUCUCUUUCCGCUGAUUCAGCUGACUCACGGUGAAUUAGCCGGCAAAAUCACUGGUAUGUUAUUGGAGAUUGACAACUCUGAAUUGCUUCACAUGUUGGAAUCAAGAGAAUCUCUCAAUGCAAAGGUUGAGGAAGCUGUGGCUGUAUUGAAAGCACAUCAAGCCAAGGAGACCACUGUCAAGCCUGGCACUGAAAUAAAACCACCUAGUCUUCAGUAAUGAUAAAAUACCUAAUACUUUUAAUUAGGAAACAAAACACCGAAAAAAAUAGCAAAAAACUACACCAAUAAAAAAUAGCAAAACACAAAAACCAGUUAUGUACGUGUGUAUGUCAAAGCUACGGACAUUGAUUUAACAAAUAGAAAAAUAUUGAAAAAGUAAACAAAAAAACAGGAAAACUUUUUAAAAAAAACCAUCAAAUAUUUUUUUUUUUUUUUGUUAACCACUAAAAAAGAUAAAACAUCAGGUAAAUGGUACUAUUAGAGAUGAAUGUUUGUCUGCAUGUCUGUUCCCAGACUGUUUGCAUAACUAGAUUGAAUGGCUGCAAUGAGUGCCAAAAAUUAACACAAGAUUUAUACUAAUCAGAUCUGUUUCGUGAGCAAGAAGGUACAAACUCCUUUGUGUGACUACCAGUUAACUUCCCCGGAAAUCUGGACAACUGUGGAUAUUACCAGAGAUGCAGAUUUCAAUAGGAAUGAGCAAGUUAAUUCGGACUCUUUAACAUUUUCGGAGAAAAAUUGAGCCCAGUAAUUUAAAAACAGUCAUUGCAGAGGGGGAUAAAUUUGUAUGUACUAUAUCGCUUAAUACAUAGGUGUUCAUAUUUGUUACAACUGUAAAAAUGUGCAUGUUGUGAUAGAAGCAUCCUUUUAUACAGCGAUUGAUUGGGAACAUGACAAUUGUUGGUUUGUAGCCAGUUUGUAACAACCUGUUAAGGCAGUGGUAGGUUAUUAAGUGUACAGAAAUACCAGUAUUUGUAAUUUGCUUUUCACUGUCUCGGUUGCACUGUAAUGAAAAUUGCUAGUUGACAACCUUGGUUACAAACAGUAAUGUGUCUGGGAUUGCAUGUCGUUUUCAGUUAAGCCAGUUUUCCUGCUUGAUUGUGUUACUUUACUGUAAUGGUACAUUUUAAGUUAAAUGAAGAGAGCAAGUCCAACCUUGACAAUGUUUUUGAAAAGUUUAUUGAGUUUUUAAAAACUUGAGAAUUUGCAUAUAAUCUCAUAGUUAAGUUUUGAUUAUAACCCCAUCGCAUGUUACCUUCUCUGUCACUCAGUUGAGUGAGUCUUUCCUCUAAAAGGAUUGAAUACAGUAAAAAAAAAAAUUGUAUUAUGCUAUGAAAUUUUUUCAAUGUUAUUUUUCUAAUAUAACUAUAAAACGUUAAAGACUGAGUGAUGGACAGUUAAGUAUUGCUGCCAAUCAGGAAUUUUGGAGUGUUGGUUGAACUUGUGCAGAUAUUUAGUCUCCAUUUAGAACCAUUAACCUGAUUGACAACUUUUGUUUACAAACUAUUAAAUAAACUCUUGUUUCACUA